AUGGCAAGUCCAAACAACUUCGAGGUUGACUUGGAAGAGACACUGUUUGGCAAGCUUGUUGAGGUAGAGACUCCAGAAGAAAACACAUUUUUGACAAACAUUGCGAAACAAGAAAGAAUUGAUAUUCGGCUUGGGAUGAUUGAUGCCUUUGUGGAGGGCAAAUGGGUGUACCUAUCGUCAUUGAAAGCUUUGACGUUUACCAACUGGAGCUGGGGAAAUCCCGACAAUUUAUUUAAUCAAGACUGUGCUACGUUAGCAAGCUAUAAAAAGUAUAAGUGGGAUGACGAGGAUUGUACAGAGCAAAGGAACUUUGUUUGUGAGAGAUUGAUUGGUUCAGGCUCAUGA